GGGUAAAAUUCAAGGUUGUUACACGAGGGAUAUGUGAUUUGAGCAACAUGGCGUUUGUCGGUAACGAAAGUGGAGUGCAGUUUGCACCAUAUUCUAGUGCUGUCGAUGCGGCAUUUUGGCAUAGACUUACCCAGAACAAAUUGGAAAUAUAUCAGUUAGACGACAAGCCUCAACCUCUGCAGGGAUAUUACGUAAACAGUGAUCCUUCAGGGCUCGUAUGCCGCUUCAAUCUGGAUUAUAAUGCCUUUUCUAUUGAGAAGCCAGUACCUCAAAGAACAUAUCCUAUGCAAGGGACAUUGAUCAAUACAAACACUAUUGAGGCAUUCAGAACUUACAAUAAAAUGGAGCUGAUCCAAUCCUUUGGACAAAAGAUAUGGGAUACCGUUAAAUCAGGCAAGGCUUUGGAGGACCCAUCUGUCCUUUGUCAGUUUGUGCUUAUGACAUUUGCUGAUCUAAAGAAAUAUAAGUUUUAUUACUGGUUUGCAUUCCCUGCUCUGUGUCCUGAGACCAGUGCAACUCACGUGGCCCCCCCUGUCCAUCUUGGUGACUACUUUACACCCUCUCAGAUUGCUAGUCUUCAAGCAUCUUACGAUUCUCUCUCUGUGGACGGUCUUGGACCUGGAUUCUUUCUUGUCAAGGUUACUGAAAGUGAAGUGACUGUGGGGAAUAUACAAGAAUGGGAGACAUUUUUCAACAUAGAUGACUCAAAGGCUAGCAUCAUCAUCAGUGAUCUGAACUUAAAGCUAAUGCGAUGGAGAUUGCUACCAUCACUUGAUCUGGACAAAAUUGCACGAACAAAAUGUCUUCUCCUUGGCGCUGGUACCCUUGGUUGUAAUGUGGCAAGAUGUCUAUUGGGCUGGGGUGUUCGGACCAUUACCUUUGUUGACUAUGGAACUAUUUCAUUCUCCAAUCCCGUUCGUCAAACCCUGUUUGAGUUUGCCGACUGUCAGGACGGAGGCAAGCCUAAAGCAGAAACUGCGGCGUCUGCACUGAAAAGGAUAUUUCCUGGCGUGAAUGCGUCAGCUGUACAGUUGUCUAUUCCAAUGCCAGGCCACUCUGUUGGACAAUCUCCAGAGGAAAUGGAGAAAGUUCAAGAAGAUGUGAAAAAACUUGAAGAGUUGAUUGAGUCUCAUGAUGCUGUAUUCCUGCUGAUGGACACACGAGAAAGCCGCUGGCUGCCGACAGUUAUUGGCGCUAUUAAAGGGAAGUUUGUAAUUACAGCAGCUCUUGGCUUUGAUACGUUCCUAGUGAUGCGCCACGGUCCCAGACGUAAAGCGCAUGUCAUUUGCGAAGGAGCCUCUAAACUGGAGUCCAUCCCAGGAGCCUUUCUGGGUUGUUAUUUUUGUAAUGAUGUCGUGGCACCAGGAGAUUCCACUAGAGACCGUACGUUGGACCAGCAGUGUACAGUAUCCAGACCUGGUAUGUCAUACAUAGCUAGUGCCCUGGCUGUUGAACUUCUGGUUUCUCUCACUCAACACCCUCUGGGCAAUGAAGCGGCAGCUGACACUAGUGCUAAAGACGCGCAUCUGUCAGCUGAUCUGGAGUGUAAGUUGGGACUUGUACCUCAUCAGAUUCGUGGUUUUCUUUCAAGAUAUCAUCUAGUUCUCCCCGCAAGCUUGGGCUUUGAUAAAUGUAUUGCUUGUUCUUCUAAGGUUCUGUCGAGCUAUGAAGAGGAAAAAUUUUCAUUCCUGAUGAAGGUUUUUAAUGUUCCAAGCUACUUAGAAGACCUAACAGGCCUGACACAGCUUCUUCAGGACACAAGAGUUAGCGAGGUUUGGGAGAUGAGCGACGAUGAAAUGGUAGAAUAACUUAUAACAAAGAAAGGGAGGUCGAACCAUUCUGUGAUGAACGUUACAAGAGAGGAUAAAAGGAACUUCAAAUCAAGUUCACAACGAUGAUUAUGCCGAGACAUGGCUAGAGAUGAUAAACUCUGGAAAAUGGUCAAAUAAUUAUUUUGAUUCAAAUGUUGAUAAUUUGAAUUUUAUAGACAGAGAAGUUGUUUAAGUUCAACUGGUGUGUGACAACCACAAAGAUUUCCUAGACGUUUGAAACACGGAAAACCAGUUUCUGUUCGUCUCAGAUUUAAAAAGCAUCAUAUUUGAAUGUUCAAUUACCGUCCAGUUUUUCCGCUUAGUGAACGAAUUAGAAGUCAGAAUUAGAAGAACCACUCAGAAGUCAGUUUGUUCUUCGGAAUGUGUAGUGUAUGUAAUACUUGAAAAAGGCAUAAUUUACAAUACCCAGUCCCAUGGGGGAAUGUUAAAACGUAAUUAAUUGAUUUUUAGAAUACUAAAACAAAGUAAAUGUCAGCCUGUAAUGUUU